AUGGAUGUGGCGCCCGAACUCGUCGAGCAGGAGGCGUCCGGGAGCAUAUGCCCGCUCUUACAAGACACAGACUCUCGGGAGUCAUGGCUGGAUCAAGGCAUGGAAAACCAGCGCUGCUGGCACGGGGCCAGAGGCUCCAACAGUCCUGAGCCGGAGGUUGCACGAACCCGCGACCGAGUGUUUUGCAAAGCCCGGGUCAGUGUGACCCACGUGGAUGUAAAGACUGGCAAAUUCCAGGUUCGCAUGCUCUGCCAGUGGGCCUUCCGGACCGCCAGUUUAAAGAGCGACACGGAGAUUAGCUAUCGAGGCGUUCCGGGCAUCCGAGUCCCAGGUCUCCAGACGGAGGUUCAGGAGUCCCGAGUUUGGAAAGACUUGAACGACACGGAAAGUAGCAGCAAGAAUAGAACCAUCUUCUGGCGUGGCAGCUCCAUUUUCUGGAUGACUGGGUUCAAGAAGUACCCGGUCAGCGAUUUUCCAUUCGACAGACAUGUCAUCUGCUUGCAGCAAAUAGACUUUGUGUGGCGGGUCCACCGUGAUGACGACACCUUCUACGAUUCGAUGAAGGUCGCGUGGCUGGACGUUGAGACAUCAUCUGUCUUGGCAGAGUGGUCCCCUCUUCCUGCCACUGUGCAGUCUUGCGAUGAUCCAGACAAGCCUGUGACAACCGGGGACAAGCUCGCACCUCCCGACAGCAAAGGUGCCAAUCUGCCCUUCGCGACAAAGUUUCAAAUUCGCCUGCGCAUUGAGCGCAAGCACGGCUUCUAUGUUCGGCAAAUCUUAGUAAUCUCCACACUGAUCACCUUGAGCUCUUGCUCUCCAUUGGCGAUGCCCCCGACAGAGGACCACAUGGGCGACCGCCUCUCCGUGUAUGGUGGAGGAUUACUGACUCUGGUCGCCUUCAAAUAUGGCAUCAUGGAUCAUUUGCCAAGCGUUCCGUACUCCACAUUCACCGACGACUUCCUGAUGGGCCAGAUCAUCACCGUAGCAUUCUGCAUACUUGAGUGCUUGGUCGUUUACAGGUACACCCUAGCCAAGACUUGGAUCGAUGAGGUGGAGAACUAUUUGCUUGUCGUGCUUGCUGUUGGCUGGGGCGGCUUGCUGAGCUACACGUGGCUGUUCAAGCCCACGAGGCGGACCAACUGGAUGAACGUAUAUGAGCAGCAGAUGGACGACUUCGAGCUCGCGCAGGCAGACCUGCAAGUUUUCCCGAGCAAGAGCUCUCGCAGCCUGUUCGACCGUGUGGAUUGUGCAAGCCCGAUAAACAUCAGGGACAACGAGAUCAGCGGAUGGCCGCAGCACGAGCAGAGUGUCUUCCCUUCGACUGGAUCUUCAUGA